ACAAUGAAGUGCUUGAGGAAAAAAACAAAAAAAAGGAAAAAAAAAAUAAGAAAAAGGAAAAAAAAAAUAAGAAAAAGGAAAAAAAUAAGAAAGAGGAAAAUAAUAAGAAAGAAGAAAAAAAUAAUAUACAUAUUAAUGACGAUGCAAGAAGAAAUGAAUAUCCUCAUAAAAACGAUGAAGAUAAUAAAGAUAUAUCAGAUUUUUCAAGUAUAUCAUCAGAUAAAGAUAAUAUAGAAGAAGGAAAUACCUUGAACAAUUAUGAAAUAAAUGAAGAAGAACAUGUGGGUAGAACAAAUUUUUUGUACCUUCUAAAUCAUAUUGGGAAAAUGGUUUUUCCUAUAUUUAAAAAUUUGUAUAAUGUUAUGUCUACCUUUUUUAAAAUAUUAAGUACAUACAUAAUAUCAUCGACAACAACGUCGACACCUGCCUCGGCAUCGGAAUCAACAUCAACAUCGACGUCGACAUCACCGUCUUCGUCGGAACCAUACACUUCUUCAAAUGACAAUGGUUUUACUAAAUAUUAUGAAAACAAGUAUAGUAAGAUACAUACAAAUUUCUUUAGAGGUUCUCUAAAAGAAGCUAUUAAUAGGUCAAGGAGAGAAGAAAAAUUAUUACUGGUUUAUUUACAUAUUGAAUAUGAUGAUGUUUCAUAUUUUUGUGAACAUGUAUUUAAUAAUUUAGAAAUGAAGAGUUUUUUUGAUGAAAAUUGUAUUUUGUAUGCACAUGAUAUAUCUAAAGGAGAUAUUAAAGAAUUAAGUACUACAUUAAACGUUUUUAUGUUACCACAAAUAAGUAUUAUAUUAACAUGUUAUGUUACGGAUAUGAUGGAAUUAUCAAUUAUUUAUGGGCAACCAUCCAUCGCGCAUAUUAUGAAUACUAUAUCGCAUUGUAUAGAAAAAAUGGAUAUGAAAAGAGAAAAAAUGGAAAUGUUAAAAAAUAAAAAUUAUAGAGACAGAUUAAUUAGAGAAGAACAAGAUAGAGAAUAUCAAGAGGCUUUAAGAAAAGAUAGAUUAAAAGAAGAAGAAAAGAAAAAAAAAGAAAAUGAAAAAUUAUGUAAAAUACAAGAAAAAAAUAAAAUAAAAAAUGAAAGAAAAGAAAAAACAAAGAAAUUCCCUUUAUGUAUAUCUCCAAAUGAUCAAAUUACAAAAAUUUGUAUUAGACUACCUAACGGUAUAAGAAUACAAAAUAAUUUCGGUCUCUCAAAUACUUUACAAGAUAUAUAUGAGUGGGCUGAAUGUUCGGAAUUUUUACAACCACAGAAUAAAAAAGUUACUAUUCCUUAUAAAUUUCAAUUAAUAUGUUCACUUACGAAAUGGAAUCUACAAAGAACAUCUGAGCAAAUCAAAAAUUUUGAUUUGUAUCCGAAUGCGAUUUUUAACAUGAAGUCUUUGGAUACAUCUGACGAGGAGUAA